AUGAAGUGUACCAUUUUCAGCAAUGGCAGGCUCGCCCUUUUUGCUCUCGCCAUCACACAAUUCAGCCCCAUCCUAGCCCACCCUUCCAUAGUCGAGCGCGGUUCCCCCAUUGCCCUGGGAGCUGCCAAAACAUACGGAGCAAUCGCAGCCACGACUCUCACUAGCACAGGCAACACUCGCAUCACCGGCGACUGCGGAACCUGCCCUGGAACAUCAAUCACCGGCUUCCUCCCUGGAGUGUGUACCGGAACCACAUCAGCGGGUGGGAAAGCAGCUUGCGCCGCAGAAGCCGCUUGUCUUUCCGCAUACAACAAUGCUAGAGGUCUUGCCUCUACCGCUACAGCUCUCCCAUCAUCGGACCUCGCAGGCUUAGCAUUGGCUCCAGGCGUCUACAAAUUCCCCACGGCGGCAGCCACUAAUUCGGCCACUCUGACACUUAACGGAGCUAAGAACACCAUGGGGCAAUUCAUCUUCCUCAUCGACACAACCUUAACAACUGCCGGUAGCUCCAAGGUCGUGUUGAUCAACGGCGCACAAGCUUGCAAUGUUUAUUUUAUUGUUGGCUCAUCUGCUACUAUUGGAGAGUCAAGUGCAAUGACCGGAAAUAUUCUGGCGCAUACUUCUAUUGGUCUGACCAAUGCUGCGAGUAAUAAAGGUACUCUCUGUGCACUCAAUGGAGCUGUUACUUUGAUCAACAACUCCCUCACUGCUCAGACUGUCUGCAGUUCAUAG